AUGUAACUUAUUCACUAAAAUCAUAAUCUCAUCACUCAUUAAGAAAACCAAGCGAAGGCUAUUGAAUAGCAAACCAAACUUGAAUUGGUAAAAAAGGAGGAAAAGCAUAAAGAAGAGAUUAUUUUGGAAGAAUUCUCCGGUUCUCAUAUUCCAGAGCUAAUACAAAUGAUGUCGAGAGAUGAUGACUAAGUUAUAAGAGAAGAGUUUAUGUACCCAUAUAAGGUUGAUCAAAUGGAUGAGGAAUAUCUUAGAUCAAUGUUCUCAUCUUAUAGACUGAGGAAUGAUAAAUAUGCAGCAUUGAGAAUAAGUAUUAAGACAGGAUACGGUUGGAAAACACUUAUUGGAACUGCUCAUUUAUUACAACAAAACGCAACUGAAAAGAAAGGAUUACUUGCAAAAUUUUACAUUUCAAGGAUAUAUAGAAGAAGUGGAUUUGAAGAAAAAUGUCUCAUUGAGAUCAUGAAGUUUGCUUUUGAUGUAAUGGGUUUGGAGAAGCUAAUAGUCUUUGUCAAUGAGUAAAAUCAGUAUUUUUGCAAGUUACUUAUGUGGGUUCACUUCAGACUAAUUAAAAUGAAACCAAAAGCCCAUGGGAUGUAUAAUAGAUUAAUGCUUAGCAUUUUAAAAGAAGAUUUCUAGGAACUUAUAAGCAAGCAUUACAAAAAGAUUAUUAAGAAUAGGUUUUACAACUCUUUCAUGCAUGAUAAUUAUAGGGAUAAUAGUGUUAAUGUUUUGCAUAAUUCGAAUAAUGGUGGAGGAUCUUCUAAGAUGAAUCGGAAUAGUAUGGUUUCUUAAACUCAAAAUCCUAAUAAUGUAAGGAAUAAAUUAGCAAGCCCUCAUAGUGAGAAAAGCCAUGCAAUUAAAGGUCUACAUUCACAGGGAGGUACAUUAGCUAUUGCAUAUGUAAAUGAUUCAAAUAAAAGCGAAAAAAGUAGGUUUCAGAAUAAUGAUCCAUUAAUGGAUAAAAAACGAAAUAAAAGUUCUGAUUCAAUGCCCUCUACUGCAACUGGAACUCAGCAGCAAACAAUAUUAAGUCCUCACUAGUAUUCUGCAAUAUACCCUAUUUAAGAAAAUAAUGAAAAACCAUUAUUUGAUAAAGUAAAUGUAACUCCAUAAUCUCAUAAGAGUGUAGUUAGCAUGCAUCAAUCCUAAAGUUAAAUGCUUUCAAACUUAAAAAAAUAGGUCUCUCUACCAAAGCUUAAUCUCGCUUCUGGGGGAUCAAAUUUAAAUAUGCCAAGAAACGAAAGAUAAUAAAUUAUGAGCUUGAAUUCCCCAUCCUCUCCAAUGUCUAAAUAAGCUAUAUUAGAGGAUAUUAAUCGUUUAGAUUAAGAAAUUGAAUAAGAAUAAAGAUCUUUCUACUCUCUUAAGCAUGCUAAAGGCAUACCAAGCCUAGAUAAAUUGAACAGUGAUAAAACAAUUUAAAAACAAAAAAAUUUGUAAAGCUAGCAAAAUAUAACAUAAAAUCCACAAUAGCAACCGAUUUUUAAAAUUCCACCUAUAAAUAAUAGAAUAUAAGAAGGGGCGGGAGGAGAUUUGACAGGGAAAUAUAGUCAAAGCAGCAAUAUUCAGAAAAUAAGUCCCAAUGGGGUCUACCUAUAAUAAAACUUCAUAAAUAUGAUGCAAUAUCAGUGA